CUGUCCUGCAGAGAAGUGGGACAGGCUGAAGGCUGCAGCUGUCACACAUAAAGAAACAUCCACAUGAGCCAGUGCAACACGGUGUUCAGGAAGACCUCUGCAAGAGCUGCCAUGCUGAGACGAGGCAGGAGCAGCAGGCCUCGACAUUUGGCCUGGAGUGAAACAAAGCAGGACACAGAUGUCAUGGCAGCUGUCCACCCCACAGACAAGGAGGAGAGAGAGAGCAAAGCAGUGACACAGAUUGUUGACUCGGAGUCUGAGAUGGAUCAUCUGGUUGGAACUGGAGCUGUGGCUGAGAUUGUGCUUAUGCCAUGCGGUGCACCAAUUAAACAGGACUCGUUCUCCCUCUGCGAGCAGCAGGAGGAUCUGAGCCUGGGAUUAUCGGCCACUGAGGACUGGUUCGGCAGGGAGGAGGACCAGGUGUUUGACUGGGUGUGGGACGAGCACUGUAAGUCUUCAGGAGCCUCCCUCAGCUGCGACAACAGGAAGGUGAGCUUCCACUCGGACUACAGCUGCGGCACCGCUGCCAUCCGAGGAACCAGGGAGCUGUCGGAGGGCCAGCACUACUGGGAAGUGAAGAUGACUUCUCCUGUCUAUGGAACGGACGUGAUGGUGGGGGUUGGAACUUCUGAAGUGAACUUAGACAAGUUUAAAUACAGCUUUGGAAGCCUGCUGGGCCACGAUGAAGACAGCUGGGGGCUCUCAUACACAGGUCUACUCCAACACAAAGGAGACAAAGUGAAAUUUUCCCCUCGGUUUGGUCAAGGCUCAAUCAUAGGAGUUCAUUUGGACACAUGGCACGGCACGCUGACCUUCUACAAGAACCGGCACUGCAUAGGUGUUGCUGCUACCAGGCUGCAGAGCAAGAAGUUUUACCCCAUGGUGUGCUCCACGGCAGCUAAGAGCAGCAUGAAGGUGAUCUGCGCCAGCUACACGCCCACCUCCCUGCAGUACCUCUGCUGUGCCCGGCUGCGCAGGUGGUUGCCCUGUUGUCCAUAUGUAGUCAAUGCCCUGCAGCUGCCACCAGGCCUACGGACGGUCCUCCAGAAGCGGCUUGGCUGGGUGUUCGCCCUCAGUAGCAGCCCUGACUCAUCAGAGGAGGAGGACUACAUACCCGACUCCUUCAGGCGGGACACGCACAAGCAGAGGAGCCUGCCUUCGAGCCCGUGCCUCAGCCCAUGUGCCUGCGCAGACCCUUAUUCUGAAACAGCCCCAGAGUACCACUGCCCCUGCAACACCUCUUCUCAGAACCACUCCACAGUCUGCCACUGUCCUCCGACUCCUCCAAGCAGCGACUAUGACAGCUGCUGCUCCGAUCCAGAGGAUUAUCAGUGCAAAAGAUGCCGCUGGACGUGACCCGAUUGGUUGGUCCAGACUUUUCCUACCAUUGCCAUCAAUGUUUGCUCCCUGCAGUUUCUGCGUGUAGUUAACAGCAGCAUCAGUGUUCCUGUUUCCCUCUAAACAUCCUAAGUCCGGAGGCAGGAAAAAGUGAAGCCCCUAACGCUAUUUUAGCCAAUUUGG